UCAUUUCAAUCACCCAAGACAUUAAAUGUUAGACGUGGAGAAGUUCAUUACAAUUCAGUCGGUCAAAUACAACUCGUCGGGCCAUUUUCGUGUGCACAUCUCAAAUAAGUUGAAGUGUUUUUUUCCUCGUUGCAAUAAAAGAUAAAACAAUAAAUCAAAAUGCCAGCUCCAGCAAGUUCAACAGCAGUCGGUAGUGGAACCCGUUCACCAAGCAAAUUGGCCAGUCCACGUUCAAGUGCCGGUGGUUCAAGUAAUUUGAAACAACGUAAGACAACAACAGCAACAGCAGCUCGUAAUCGCACCACUGGCACAUCAUCAGGUGGUAUGUGGCGUUUCUACACAGACGAUUCACCAGGCUACAAAGUUGGACCAGUCCCAGUCUUAGUUAUGUCACUGUUGUUCAUUGCAUCCGUUUUCAUGUUACACAUCUGGGGAAAAUACACUCGCUCAUAAGCGUCAUCGACUAACCAGCACACCUAAAUCUGAUUUUUACUCUUAAAUAGCAAAUAUCACAACCAUCUUAAAUUGGCAUACAAUUCACGUCUAAACUUAAAGAGAAACAAAAUGAAAUCUACCCAAGUCAAAUGGAAUUCUCUCCUACGGAGAACUGAAGCAAUCAUCAGCAUUGAACCUCGUUUGAAUCAACUAUACUUUCCGAAAUUGUUGCUUACUUCCAUUCCAAUUCAUGAAUAUUCAUCGACUUCUAUAACAACAACAAAAAACGAAAAAAAAUUCAAAUAAAAGAAAAUUGUAUUUAUUUACGUGUAAAAAGUGAUAGACGCAAAUAAAUUUUGUACGAAAACUAUGUCAAUGUA